AGUAGCGGCACAAGUCAAUGUAAUUCUGAUGAGCCUCCUUGCAAGCGACGAAAGGUGGAUGAUCUCUCGCAGACAACUGGUGAUGAUUCUUUGGCGUUCGAAGACGAAGACGCGGAAACGCUUUCUAUGCGUUUGAAACUCAUCGAGUCAUUGCAGAACAAAAUUGCAGCAGUGGAUAAGGAAAGAGAAGAUGGCGAGGUGACCGAUGAAGAAGCAUCGGGAACACCUAGACCUAGUUCGCAAACAAGAAAGGAAACGUCAUCGUCGUCCAGGUUGAGGAAGACCGGUCAUGGCUCCGAUAACCAGGAACGCAGAGACAGAGGUGCUAGUUCAUCAUUACGCUCCAGUUCGUCGCAUCGCUCAAAAAGGCAACGUGAAGAGACACAUGGGAAAACUGAUACGCCCAAUACGAAACACAAGCCUGUGGAUAUGGUCGAAAGCUGUAACCCAUCUUCUAUUAGGAUUCAAGUUCGUGAAGGUGGUGGAAGAGUGGCACAGCUAUCAACAUCCACUAAGCCUAAGGAUAUGGCUUCUUGUCCACAAAAACCGAAACCAAUCAGCGUUCAGUGUGUACAAAUCGAACCUCACUUUUCGAAUCUAUCGGAGAAAACUGAUAACUAUGAAGAUGUUGGAAUGGAUGUAGAGUCUUCACACUCGAGUUGUGAUUCUGACACCGGCCACGGAGACAAUGAAGGGAUACCUUCACCGCGGCACCGCAUAAUCUCAGAUGCAGAUGAAGCUCAACUCCGAGAAAUGCUUUUGCAUCAGGUCAUUCUUAACAGAAAACGAAACGCUGAAAGUGCUGGUCAAAGUAGUAGCGCCUCGAUCUGCGAUGGGCGUGCUGCUGAUGGCCCUUCACGAGCGAACGUUUCUGAGUGUGGUGAUGAGGAAGAAACUGCGGAUACUGUGGAUGUGAAGAAUGUACUCAUCCAAACAAGCGAAGUGAACAAUGAAAUAGUUCAGGAAGCUGAAACGUCGAAUUCGGCUUUUCUCGCUGGGAGUAGCGGCGCAAGUCGAUGUAAUUCUGAUGAGCCGCCUCGCAAGCGACGAGAAGGGAUAAGCAGUCACAGUUGGGUGAGCUGGACUCUGAAAUAUCAGAGAGAAUGUCCUUCCUCGAUCAAUCUUUGCAUCGUAGGGCUGAAU